CACAGAUGGCUGUGUUUUAUAAGGUCAGACAGUGGUGUUUGCAGAAGGUGAUGGGUAAAAACCCAGAACCUCUGCAUGUGUUUGUGACAGGUGGUGCAGGGACGGGGAAAAGUCAUUUAAUUAGGGCUAUUCAGUAUGAGGCAGGGAGGUUGUUGUCCACACUUUGUGAUCAACCAGACGAUAUUUGUGUUUUGUUAACCGCACCUACAGGCAUAGCUGCAUACAAUUUAAAUGCAGCAACAAUUCAUCACACAUUCAGUAUUGGCACACAUGCCAGUUUGCCUUACAUCCCUUUGGGUGAGGACAAACUAAACUCUUUGAGAGCCAAAUUUAGUCACCUCCAAAUUGUAAUCAUAGAUGAAAUCAGUAUGGUUGAUCACAAUCUGUUGGCAUAUGUUCAUGGUAGGUUAAGGCAGGUGAAGCAGACGGGCGACUUUUCCCCAUUUGGUAAUGUCAGUGUGAUAGCUGUUGGAGACUUCUAUCAGUUGCCUCCCGUUAAAGGGAAGCCUCUGUAUAGCUGUCCGCUUGGUGUGGACCUGUGGUGUGGUUUUAGUAUAGUGGAGUUGACAACCAUAGUUAGGCAGAAGGAUAGUGUGUUUGCAGCGUUGCUGAACAGGUUGAGAGUGCGUUCAAAGGCCACCCCCAUGUUAGCUAGUGAUGUUGAAAUAUUAAAGGCUUGCGAGACAGGGGAAGAGAGCUCUGCUUUGCAUAUUUUUCCAACCAAUAUGCAAGUAAGUGAGCAUAAUUUUAUGCAGUUGAUUACCAUGUGUCCAGAUUAUGUUGAGAUAGAAGCCAAAGAUUUCAAACAUAACAGGAAAACAGGCCAAUUGGAAUGUACAGCAGGGCAUCAUAGUAAUGCGGACACAUGUUUACCGGAUAGGUUGUGUUUGGCAAGGAACGCACGUGUUAUGUUAUGUAAGAACGUAGAUGUUGAGGACGGUCUGGUCAAUGGCGCAUGUGGCACGGUAACUCAUAUCGAUUUUGGUGAUGAUGAGAAGUUUCCUAAAACAGUUUAUGUCAGAUUUGAUGAUGAGAAAAUUGGCUCACAGAGGAGGAAAACACGUGCACAUGCGGCAGUAGAAUGCAGGUAUUCUACUGCUAUUGAUCCCGAGGAGGACAGGGCAACUAAAGCAGGUGGUCUGCGAUUUCAGUUUCCUCUUAGGCUAGCGUGGGCGUGUACAGUGCAUAAAGUGCAGGGAUUAACGGUAGAUGAGGCUGUAGUGUCUUUGAAGAAGGUGUUUGCACCUGGGCAGGCGUAUGUAGCUUUGAGUCGUGUUAGGGCUUUGUCUGGACUGAUCAUCAGGGAUUUUAAAGAGAAGGCCAUUUACUGCAAGGAUGCCAUAAAGGAGGCCUUAGACAGCAUGCCCCCAUUUUUAAUUGAGCAGCCUAAACCUUCAUUAAGUGCACAAAGUUUCUCUGUGUAUUUAAUGAACGUUCAAAAUUUAAGUCGCCACCUGGCAGAUUUGGUGUCUUGCACACAGCAUUUACAGCCUAACUGUAUUGCUGUCACAGAAACGUGGCUCACUGCACAGUCCUCGUUAGACAGUGUCCAAAUUGAUGGAUAUGCUUUCCACAGUCGUCCGCGAGGUUUGUGUUACAGCAGCAGUAACCCCAAAUUGUUAGAGCUCCAGGAUCUAGAACAUGGUGGAGUUGGUUUGUACAGUGUAGGCAAUUUGGACUGUAGCAUCCUGCAGGCACCCGAUUUGAAUCUGGAGUGUUUGGUGUGCCUGUGUAGCAAAUUUAACAUUCUGAUGGCAGUAAUUUAUCGUCCACCAUGUUAUCCAAAGUCUUUAUUUAAACAAAAUCUGGGGAAAUUACUUGAUUGGUUGAAUCCAAUUAGUGACACAGUUGUAGUGAUGGGAGAUUUUAAUGAGAAUGUUUUGAAAAAAUCAUCAAUUUGUAAAUUCAUGGGGCAAAAAGGAUGUCAUCAGCAUGUAACACAGGAGACAACAGAAAAGGGGACAUUAAUUGAUCACGUUUAUGUUAAAACAGCACAGUAUGAUGUGGAAUGUGCAGUGAUGCCCACGUACUUCAGUGAUCAUGAAGGUAUUCUGUGUAGUUUUAGUGUGAGAGAUGAUCAGGGUGAGCUAGAGGACUUAGACAGGUUGUUUGAGGACUUUCAGGAUGUAGAGGUGGAUGCGUAGUGUUUAGAUGUGGAUUAGAUCAGGUUGGUUUGUGUAGCUUCAUGUGACUCAUACAAAGUCCCAGUGCAAAUGUAGGUAGUGGUGGUGUUAUUAUUGUUGUCAUUGUGUUUAUCUGUAGAGUUUUCAGAGGAAACUGACUUGUAGUUUGUUGUUGUGUUGAAAUUGUGUAGGUUUGCACGCACGUGAAGUUGUGUUAGUGUAGAGUCUGUCCCACUCCAUUGUGUGAAGAUUGUGUAUUGUAGGGAGAUUUGAGUGUAUUGUGUGGAAGUGUUUUUAGUAUGUUAUGAUUAUUGUGUAGAGAUUUUAGGUGAAACCAAUCAUGUAUUACAGGUGGAAUGAGUUCAGUGUUAGCUGUUGUGAAUAGUGUUAGUUAAUUAAUAUAAUCAUGGUUUUUACAGCUGUUAGUGAUUGUAGAUGUGUUGGUGUCUGUCUGCCACAUGUUGAUUGUUGGUCUCUGUUACGACUGUGAAUGUAUGUAUUUAUGCAUGUUAGAGUUUGUGGUUCUUUCAGUCCUGAUGUGUUCAUAUGCAACUGUUUCAGUCAUGAAAAUAUGAAAAGGUUAAUUUGACUCAAACAAAUACAUCUCUAGAAAAUAGACAGGCUUGAUGUUGCAUGUUUUCUGUAGCCCUCUAGUGUUCAAAAUUCUGAUCAGUAACUUAGAAAAGAUGCAACAGUUAAAUUAUGAUGUUACAUAUGAACACAAGAGGAAAUUACUG